AUGCGAGAUGUGCUGUGGCAUUUGAUUCACCUUUUUCCCUUUCUUGGUUCAGUUUCAACCUUUGGAGCUGUUCUGGACAUGGUGACAGAUAGGAUUAGCACUGCUGGUCUACUGGUGAUUCUCUCCCAAGUUUAUAGGCCUGGCUUCACUUUCUUGUCAUUGCUUGCUUUGGAUAUUGCCAGCCAUUGGCUGCAAAUGUAUAGUACUUUCUUGGUAGGUAAAUCUACACAUAAGGAUGUAAAAGACAGCACUAAUUGGCUGUUCAAGGCAUACUAUGGAAACCGGAUAUUUAUGGGUUAUUGUUGUAUAGCCUGUGAGGUUCUUUACCUAACCUUAUUUCUUCUUGCUAAGAACCAGACUGAAAGUAUGACCAAUGUUUUAAUGGAUGCUGCAAAACAAAGUUUAGUUUAUUCUACUCUACUAGCUUUACUUCUGUUUGGAUGGGCAAUCAAGCAAAUUGUCAACAUUAUACAGAUGAAGACAGCUGCUGAUGCAUGUGUGCUGUAUGACAUCAACAAAAAGCGGAAGCAGUAAUGUGCUGAUUGCAAAGCUCCCUGCUCCAACGUGUUUAAGAGAAAUGCUUCAUAUAUUCUAACUUCCUAGUCCCUUUAACUCUCGACUGUUUAAAGAUAGAAAAAUGUUUGAUGAAGCAUCGGAGUCUUAAAUCAUU